UGUGUUCUGGGUUUUUCUUUCUAUCCAGAGGGAAAUUUUCAUGAGUGUGUUUCUAUUGUAGGUUCCAACAGCAGACGUGCACCAUGGCUCAAGGCUGCCUCAAGUGUUUAAAGUACACCAUGUGUGUCGCCAACUUCCUUUGUUUUAUCUGUGGUGUGGCGCUUCUGGGUUUAGGUGUGUACCUGAUGGUAAACUUCAACAUGUCUGGUCUGACCCCUUCCCUGGCCCAGCUAAACAUGCCCAGCAUGCUGCUCAUCAGCGGCAUCAUCAUCACAUGCAUUUCCUUCGUGGGUUUCCUGGGGGCCCUAAAAGAAAACCGCUGCCUCCUCCUGACGUUUUUCUUGGUGCUCUUCCUCCUGAUGCUGCUGGAGCUCACUGCUGCCUGCCUGAUGCUCAUUUAUGAGGCGGAGAUUGGUAACCUAGUGACAAAAGAUCUCGAAGACGGUCUGGAAGCAGUGAGAACCUCCGGGAAUUCAACUAAAAAGAGUGACUGGGAUGUGGUCCAGGAGGGGUUCGAAUGCUGCGGAGUCAAGAACAGCAGCGACUGGAAGUCCUACAUCCCCGAUUCCUGCAAGGACACUAGAAAAGGGUCUGGGUACUGGACCGAGGGAUGUUUGAAAAAACUGACAAACUGGCUGGAAGAAAAUUUCUUAAGUACUGGGAUUGCUGUCAUUGUUCUCUGCAUCAUUGAGGUCCUGGGAAUGUGCUUCGCCAUGACGCUCUUCUGCCACAUCAGCAGAUCCGGACUGGGCUACAAGUUAUAACCGCUUCAGCUUUCAGCUUCGCUGUCGAGCAGAAGAAGCUAAAACAUUCUAGAAAAGCUUUCAUUGUAUAUUUUUGAAGCAUCUGAUGUCAUUUCAAACUUUGUAAAGUGUUUUAUGUCUGCAGCUUUUUAUUUGAAAUAUUUGUUGAGAUUCUGUCUUAAAUCAGCUGAUUGAUCAAUAAAGUUUUCU